AAGAAGCACUACAUGCAGAGGAUAGACCAGCUGACGUCCCAGCUCCAGAUGGCUGACAGCAAGGCUGUUCAGGUCCAUGCUGAGUGUAAAGCGCUACACAAAAGAUUAUCAUUGGCAGAGAAGGCGAAAGUAAAAACUCAGGAAGAAAUAAGGACUGCAAAUCAGUCUGUCACACAACUCAAGGAUGAACUGCAAACUACAACCAAAAACUAUGAAAGCCAAUUAAGCACUAUGAGCGAUCACUUGGCAGCUAUGAAUGAAAGGCUGAUGCAACAGCAGGAUGAGAUUGAAGGAUACAAAGCACGGUUAGGUGCUAAGAUUAAAAAAGGAAAGACCAAGUAGGACUUUUUUCACAGGAUAAGAUAUCGAAGUGAUUGUUAAUGUGACAAAUAUGCCAGAGAUUUCAACUAGAUUCAUUAAGGUGGAGAUUCUU